CGUGCCCCAGUGCCAUCAUGUCUGCGGUCUGAAUGGUUCGUAUUUGCUAGCCGGCUCGUUUGAAAAAGUAUCUGGUGGAACUCGAGUGGGUAAGAUAAGCGAAGUGCAAAUACAAUGUGUACUAAAUUGUGUGAAGUGUAUUUAGCUAGCUGGCCAUGUCCGUAAUUUCAUUGCAACAUUGGCUGGUACAGAACUGAAGAUUGAGCUUCUAAACGAGCUAACGUUUGCUUUCUAGCUAGCUACCUGAAUUAGCUAGUUAGCUAGCAGCUUGUCUAUCUUUCAGCUAACAUAAGCCUAGCCGGCUAGCUAGAUAAUUUUAUUUGUCUGACCUAGCUAGCUAACUGCAUGCAUUUUAGGUAACAUUUACGGGCAGUUAGGACUUGUAAAUCCCUCUAAAAUAUUGCAUUUAGCCAGCGUCCACGCUCAUGUAGCUUUAGCUUGCCAAUAGCAGAUCACGGCGUUAACGUUAGCUAGCUAAGAAAAAUAAAUAAAUAAAAAAAACUACCUAGUUAACUAAGCUAGCAUCCUGAGCUUGGUUUUUCUGGUGUUUAAACCAACAAAGUUAUUGAAUCCUAGAUACCAGUCAGUUGCUCUGGAAAAAUUAUAUGAAUCUCUGAACCCAACAGAUCCACAAAUCCGCCAUGGCGGACAUCAAGAACUUCCUGUAUGCUUGGUGUGGGAAGAAGAAACUAACACCCAACUAUGACAUUCGAGCCGCUGGAAACAAAAACCGACAGAAGUUUCUGUGUGAGGUCAGUUGUAUUCUUUCAAAUAUGUCUGCAUCUGCAAGCAUCAGGUAAAUAACAGAAGUAGCUUUUUAUAUAUAAAAAAUAUACAUGUAAUUCCUCUUCCAAGGUUCGUAUUGAGGGAUUCAACUACACUGGAAUGGGAAACUCCACCAAUAAGAAGGAUGCCCAGGCAAAUGCUGCCAGAGACUUUGUCAAUUAUCUUGUCCGAGUUGGGGAAAUGAAUGCAGCGGAAGUCCCAGCCCUUGGGGUCAGUUAUUACAAUUUCACACAAUAGGUUAUCAAUAAAACGUCACAAUACAAUGCAGAGCGUUCGAUUUGGCUGCUGGGGGACAAGGAGACCCCCAGCUCUGCUAAAACCAUUGACAACUUCUUGCCGUUUUCUAUGGAUUGUUAAAUAAAUGUGAACUAUUUGGUUAUAUUAUCGUCACCUCUUGAAGAGCAUUGUCAGUACUACACAUUUCCGAUUAUUCCAUCCAAAACAAUUGCCCCUAUUUAGCACUAUCAUCAGUUAUACAGCAAGUAACUACAUACUUCUCAUUAUCAGUAAAAAUCAAUUGAUCAUGUAACAUUCAAAUACGUGCGCGUAGCCUAACGAUAUCUCAAUAUUGGCCACCAUUAAUAGGAUAUUUGAGUGAUAUAAAAUAAAAGUGAACUAUACCUGACAAGUAUGAGUGGUUUAGGUUAAUUUCCUGUCCUUUGUGGGCGCGGCCUAUCGAGCAGCAGAAGGGCGCAUUUGCCGAUGGAUGCACUGUUGGCUGAUAGUGUUUCCUUUGCAAACUACCGGUAGAAACUUUGUACAGUUGGCUAAACAUAGUGGUAAGUAGACCUAAUGUAAAUUUUUCUCCAACCAACGUAAGCCUACCUAGUGAAGUUAGCUAACGUUAUCCCCUUUUCAACAUUGUUUUUAAGUGUUUAGUCAUGAUUGCUACUGACAGACAUGAUAGGCUACAUUUAAGUGGUAAUGCCCUCGAAGUUAGUGUUUGGAGGAUAUAUAAAAAAAACAUGCCAAUAUAUCCUCCAAACACCGGCUUCGAGGGCAUUAUCACUUUUAUACAACGGGUUACCUACAUAUUCAAAUAAUAAUUGCCAUAUUUUCAUUAAAAACUUUAUUUUGACGAAUUUAUCACUACUAUUUCAUCCUUCCACAAGACGUAGUCCCGACACAAAUCUAGGGUUGCUACCCAAGCCGUCUGGUCGUUCUAUCGGUUCGGUUACCAGAGACGCGACCCAGUCAUUAAGUAUUUUUGUUCUGUAUCUAUGGAUGCGACCCAGUCGUUCGUUCUAAAUGUGCCAUUACCAUAUUGGCUGGCAACGUUCUUAUCCCUUGCUUGCUAGCUAGCCAACUACGGCUAAUUUACAGUCACGUUAAACAGUGCAGCCAGAAGAACAACAGUAGCUGUUUUAACUUCAUAGAUUUAGCCAUGGUAACUUGUGGAAUAGACACCGGCUGGAAUGUGGUUUUAACCAAUCGGCAUUCAGGGUUAGACCCACCCUUUGUAUAAUGAUUGAUGGACCACAAAUUAGCUGGCUAGCUAGCUGAUAACAGAUCACAUCAAUAUGGCUAGUUAACCAAUCCCUUGAACAGCACAAAGUUGUCAAUGGUUUUACCGGAGCAGGGGAUCUCUUUGCCCCCCAGCAGCCAAAUCAUAUUGUGACAUUUUAUUGAUAACGACCUAUACUUUUUACGGUCCAAGAUAAAACAUUUGGUGAUGGACACUUUAUUACCGUAUUAAAAAUAAUUUUCCUAUUAACAGGCAAGUGGACCUGACUUCAGUGAGCCUGACUGUGGAGGAGGUGGUGGUGGAGGCAAUGUUGGCUUUGGAAGUCUUCCUCCAAGUGGACCUAUCCCUCCUCACCUGGUUGUGAAAGCUGAGCAAGGUACUAGGCUGAUUUUGUUAUGUUCUAAGCCUAUUCUAAUUCCAUUCCCAUGGUGUCAUAACUCAUCUCGUUGUUUAACUUUUGCUUCAGUGAAUGCACCUUCUGGACCAGUCCCAGGUGUCACUGGUUUGGGAUAUUCGGGGGGUGGCGGCAAUUAUUCCGGAGGUGGUGCAAACACCAAUGCUCCGUGGGAUCGUGGGGCCAAUCUGAAGGACUACUACUCAAAGAGAGAUGAGCAAGAGGCACAGGCGGUAGGACCUGUCAAUUCACAAUUUUUAUAAGGCGUUGUUGUUUCAUAUCCAUUAGCUAUAUUUAUGCUGAAUUAUAUUUAAUAUAAGCAAUGCAUUUGUAGUAAUUCACGUUCUUCACGCAUGGGGCGGCAGGUAGCUUAGUGGUUAAGAGCAUUGUGCCAGUAACCGAAAGGUCGCUGGUUCUAAUCCCCGAAACCGACUAGGUGAAAAAUCUGUCUGUGCCCUUGAGCAAGGCAAUUAACCCUAAUUGCUCCUGUAAGUCGCUCUGGAUAAGAGCAUCUGCUAAAUGACAAAAGAAAAUGCCUGAUUUUAACCUUUGAUGAGUUUAUUUUCCCCAUCAAGACUCUGGAGUCUGAGGAGGUAGAUCUGAACGCAGGACUCCAUGGCAACUGGACUUUAGAGAACGCCAAGGCCCGUCUGAACCAGUUUUUCCAGAAGGAGAAGAAUCAAACCGAUUACAAAUACAGCCAAGUUGGGCCUGACCACAACAGGUCAGGAGGAUGGGAAAAUAUUUCGGCCUGGAAGUUGAUCACUUAGCCUGGUGGAACCAGCCUGAACUCUGGUGAACGCAGUGACCAGGCUGGUUCCAAUAGGCUAGUGAUUAUGAGAUUUUCCAUAGAUUCAUUUAUAUACUAGUUUAUCAGGAAUAUUGCUCCAAAGCAUUCAUGACAAACCAAAAGCUUGCCUGUAGACAUACAGGUAACUGCCAUAAUAUAGUAAACACUUGAGUAAAUGAGGGAUACAAAGUAUAUUGAAAGCAGGUGCUUCCACACAGAUGUGGUUCCUGAAUUAAGUAAGCAAUUAACAUCCCAUCAUGCUUAGGGUCAUGUAUAAAAAUGCCCAGUUGCCCAUUAUUUUGGCUACCAUGGCAAGAAGAAGCGAUCUCAGUGACUUUGGAAAAGGAGCAUAGGAGGUUUAAAGGGUGUGUGUGUCUCGGUCACCAGAUCUCAACCCAAUUGAACUCUUAUUGGAGAUUUUGGAGCGGUGCCUGAGACAGCGUUUUCCACCACUAUCAACAAAACACCAAAUUAUGGAAUUUCUCAAGGAAGACUGGUGUCACAUCCCUCCAAUAGAGUUCCAGACGUUUGUAGAAUCUAUGCCAAGGCACAUUGAAGCUGUUCUGUUGACUCGUGGCCCAACGCCCUAUUAAGACAUUUUAUGUUGGUGUUGCCUUUAUCUUGGCAGUUACCUGUACAUUAGUUAUGGGGACUGUAUGUUUUUCUGCUGGACUUAUAUGGAGACAGAGCCCUCCUGGGUGUGCGAUUAACACCUGAGAGAUCUCAGUGAAUUUUUCUCAAGUCAUUUUGGAGCUAUUUAUACCUCAGCCAUAGAGAUCCUAUAAUCCCAAAAGUAAUUAUAUGAUCUCUGACCUCAACUAAUACCUUACUAGUACAAUAUUGAUCCUAUUUGAAUUUAACUGGACUCUGUCAGUAAUUAUGAAUAUGAAAAGUAGUGGAGAUGUUGAUGCCAGAAUUCACAACCUACCUUGUCAAGACAUGUGACAUCCUUUAGGCUGCACUAAAGUUGUCAUAUGGUUGCAUCCACAAUGGGGGAUGGAAUGGACAGAUUAUUGUGUGGUUUUGAUUUCUGGUGUCACUUGUUCCACUAGGGAUGGGGCAUUCUGUGGCUGAGGUGAUAAAGUUGAUUGAAGUCUGGCAGAAUAACAUACUGGCUCCCCCAAGGGAAAGGGUUAUCAUCAGACUGGACAAUAGGCUUCUCAAACUCAGAGGUCAGUUGGUCCAAUGAUUGAUACAUGUUUUAUCAACUGUAAAAACAUGACAGUUAUACAUCAUUCUGAAUUCAGAUUUUUCAUAGAAAGUGAAUUAGGCUUAGUAACAUUAUGGAUGAUGGUGUUUUCUCGCUUCUACUUUAGGAGCUUUAUUGCUGAGAUGCAGUUAUUUGUAAGACAGCUUGGUAGAAGUAAGUACCAACUUUUUCAGUCAACACAAACUGAAUUGUCUGUCAGACGUAAAAUGCUUUGUUUACAAUUUUGGAGAUGAGUCUCAGAAAUAUUUGAUAUUUCCAAAUUCUGGAGAAAAUGUAAACAAUGACAACCUAGUUUAGUAGCUUUCUGGAGAUAACAAGUAUGUGACUUCACACGCAGUGUAAGAAAUACAUUUUCAUUUGUUUUGUAGAGAUAAUCGCCCGUGAGCAUGGCUCUAACAAGAAGCUGGCGGCCCAGUCCUCUGCGCUGUCUAUCGUCCGUCAACUUUACCAUCUGGGUGUCAUUGAGCCUUAUUCUGGCAUUACUAAGAAGAAAGAGGGGGAAAUUGUAAGUAACGUGUUUUACUGCUGAGAAAUAUAUUACAUUGAUUUAAUAAUGACAGGGUCUUAAUGGUGUAUGCUUUGUGUUUGUUCACCUUAUUUCAUAUGUUUCAAGGUUAGAACAAAGUAUGCAGCAAGUCUUUUUAACCUAUGGUUGAACCUUGGUGUCUUCACAGUUGGAAGCUUUUGAGGUGAAUGUGGUGGAUGAUCUGCAACAUCAGCUGCAGAGUAUGGCCCAAGAACUGGGUGUUGCAAUUCCACCUCCAGUAAGUCUAAUUUAUAUGAUGACAUUUAUUAAUCGAUAUACAGUUUCAAUUAGUAUCUGUCCUGUUACACAGAAAAGCAAAGUACUGUAUGUGAUUGAUAUGAGUGUGACGUUGAAUAUGAGGAUUAUAUGAGUUAAACCUUUUUCCUGUCCCCAGCCACCUGAUCCAAGUACCCCAGUGUCCUUGGUCCAAGGGAAGAUGGCUGUGUUUGAGCCCUCUCAGAGACAGAGCUUGGCCGGGGUGGUGCCCUGGUCCCCUCCGCAAGUCAACUGGAACCCCUGGACCAGCAGCAAUAUAGACGAUGGACCACUAGCAUUUGUGAGUCAGACUUGUUUCUAGCUGUACAUUUGGUAAAAGAAAUGCAACAAUAUAUCUGUUUUCUACUGUUAUUCUCAUCAUAAUCUGUCCUUUCUUUCUCAAAACUAAAGCAGUCUAUUUUGUCAUGGUAGACCCACCAUCCCAUCUAAAAGUAUCAUUUACAUUUCCCCCUAGUGCACCCCAGAGCAAAUCAGCACUGACCUCCAUCAGGAGCUGACCUAUCAAUUGGAACAAGAUCAAAACCUACAGAAGGUAUGUAGUUGCCCUCACUUAACUGCGAUUGAGUGAUUCCUCAUGAAACCAGGACAAAAACAGACCCUGGUUUUGGGGAUUUUCAUUAAAUGUAAUCCAUAGAAUGGUCCUUUGGAGGUAGGAUUGUUGACAUUUAUUUGACAUUUGUAUCUUAAAGCAUAAUUGAGAAAUAAUUGACUCCAUAAUGUUUCAUUUGUAGGUGCUACAAAGCAAAAAUGUGUGUCAUGAAGCUUUACCGCUUGCCCUGUAAUAUUAGUAUUUUGAUUUACACAAAAAUCUUACAUUUAAAGGUGCAAUAUGCAGAAGUCGCCUAAUUUCAGUUUGUGACAAAACAAGCAAUAUAUUGUAGAUAAUCAUUGUACCAUCUAAACCGGUGAAAUAUAUUUUCUAUAACCAAAAAUAUUGUAUUUUCAGCUUGUUUUAAGCUGGUGUGCAAAACCGAAAGUAAAAGAUGCAAAAACUAAACUUAAGAAUAGAAAACACAGAAACAGCGCACAUAGAACAGAUCUACCGCUUCUUAGAUUUGCUUUCAAUGAGAAUGACAGAUCUAGAACUCACAAAAAGUUACAUAUUGCAGCUUUAAUUUAUGAAUAUUUAAUAAUAUAAACAUGAAUACUGAAAAUAUACCAUUUCUGAUUUGGCUAAUUUUUCACUAUUAUUGUGCAUAAUAUACUCUACAGGCAUAUCAAAGUUCCAGAGUGGGCUCUCUGUUACUUUUAGAGUUAUUAUCCAAUUUGUAAGCAUUACAACAGAGUGAAUGUGAAAAUGGAUUCAAAAUGGUCACCCUUUGCUGGUGAUUUGCAGGAUGUGCAAUGAUACAAGUAAUUGGAGGGCUGUGGUUGUUUACAUUGCCUACUAUGCCAAUUUCUCUGUAUAAAAUGGGCCAUAACUUAAAAACUAGCAGAGAUCCCACUCUGGAACUUUGAUAUGCCAAUACUCUUAAAGGAGGCGGCCUGGGCAAGGCCAAAAUGUCACAAAUAUUCCAACUUCAAUUAAUAAUUUAUUAAUAUGCUUUUAGAUACAAAUGUAAAAUAUAUGUCAACAAUCCUGCCUCCAAAGGACCAAGCUAUUGAAAAAAUGUAGUGGAAAUCUGAAAUUUUUUUUGUAUUUUUUUUGUUCUGGUUUCGUGAGGAAUCACUCGAUUAUCUUGAUUUUGUGUUAAAUUAUGUCCUGUUAUCAGUCCCUCCAGGAUUCCGCGUUUCUGUGAUCACAUUUUCUGUGUGCAAAAUCAACAAUUACCCACAUAUUUUGCGAGGGCUUGCAAAUUUUCCCAAUCAACACACUAUUUCCACAUAAGUCAAAUCAUGGCAAUAUUAUCACAUAAAUCUGACCCAUCACCGCAGUACGAAAAGAGGGCUUGCGGUUUCAACCAAUCACUGCACAUUUCUCGCAUAAUAUGCUUCAAUCAAGCCACACGUCAACAAACUUUUUCCCACAGCGGCACAUAUUAGUGAUAAUUUGGACAGUCGUUGCAUAUUGCCAUGCAAAAUAUCAGAAUUUUGCAUGAGACAGUGUUAUGUCUGACUGACAUGCAAAAAUGUGUCUCCUAGGUCAUUGGGGAGCGAGACGGGCUUCCAGUGAAGAAGUUUGAGGAGGCGAUAAUGACUGCCGUUCAGGGCAGCUCGGUGGUGAUCAUUCGAGGGGCAACCGGCUGUGGCAAAACCACCCAGGUUCCUCAGUACAUCCUGGAUCAGUUCAUCAAGAGUGGGAGGGCGUCCGAAUGUAACAUUAUUGUAACCCAGGUAAGACUCAAAAUGAAAUAUUCAUGUAUUUGAAUAUUUUCCUUGCUUGUGAUGAGAUAAUGACUUUGUUGUCCCCUUGGGAAAUGUUGUUUGUGGCAUUGUGUAAAUGUUAAACAACAUUACAAACAGAAACACAGGUCCAGGACAUGGACUGUUACAUACAAGAUAAAUAUAAUAUAAAAGUGAAGAUAGCUGAAUGACUGACUGCUAUUUCACAGUGACCUCCUUCCCUUCUUCCUCAGCCCCGGCGUAUCAGUGCAGUGUCUGUGGCAGAGCGUGUUUCCUACGAGAGAGGAGAGGAUGUCGGUAAGAGCUGUGGGUACAGCGUCCGCUUUGAAUCCAUCCUCCCACGACCCCAUGCCAGCAUCAUGUUCUGCACUGUUGGUAAGUGUCUCUCUUAUUCUCGUUUGUCAUUCAUACUUUAGGUGUUUUAUGUAGCUAAUAUAACUGGGGAUGAGAAUAGCUCGGGUUAAGAAUAGCAGAAGACAAAUGAAAUUGUAUUGAUAAUUUAUAGCAUAAUUUGAUGUGUAUUGCUCUAUUUCUAGGUGUGUUACUGCGGAAGCUGGAAGCAGGUAUUCGCGGGAUCAGCCAUGUGAUUGUGGAUGAAAUCCACGAGAGGGACAUCAAUGUGCGUAUAUCUGAAGAUCCCCCAAAUCGUAAUCCUUAGGGGCAGGUUAUCCUGAUAGUACAGAUUGAGCUAAGCCCUGGACUAAAAAGUACUCUCAAUGGAGAAUCUCAAUUGAGAAUGAUUUGUAGUCCAGGACUAGGCUUAAUCUGUGUCUGGGAAAUCAUCCCUCGGUGUACUUAAGUAAUUGUUUACUUUUUGCUCUUCACAGACUGACUUCCUCAUGGUGGUGUUGAGGGAUGUGGUCCAGACCUACCCAGAGGUCCGCGUCAUCCUCAUGUCCGCCACCAUCGACACCACCAUGUUCAGAGAGUACUUCUUCAACUGCCCUGUCAUCGAGGUGUUCGGCCGCACAUUCCCAGUACAAGGUAAGAGCACAGUCAAAUGGAGCUCACAAACUUUCUUAAAUCAUCUAACCUUUAUAUGAUCCAGUUUAUGGGCUUGUAAUGGAUAGCUCUAAGGUGUUGUUUCCAACAAAGUUUCAAUCUUUUCCAGAGUACUUUUUGGAAGAUUGCAUUCAGAUGACACAUUUCAUUCCUCCUCCGAGUGAUAGAAAGAGGAAGGACAAGGAUGAGGAAGGAGGAGAUGAAGAGGUAUGAGAUAGUACUUUGUCCUCAGUCAUAAGCACAGAGAACCAUUUAAUUGAACCACUGUUUGUUGUUCUACGGAAGUGUGGUCUAUGCAUAUGUUUCUUCCACUUGUUUGUCACAGGCCAACUGUAAUGUGAUAUGUGGGCCAGAGUACACCCCAGACACUAAGCGCUCCAUGGCCCAGAUGAAUGAGAAGGAGACUCCCUUUGAGCUGGUGGAGGCCCUGCUGAAGUACAUCGAGACCCUCCAGGUGGCCGGGGCCGUGCUUGUCUUCCUGCCCGGCUGGAACCUCAUCUACUCCAUGCAGAAACACCUGGAGAUGAACCCACACUUUGGUGUGUAGUUUCAGUACUAAUCACUGUUCUCCCAUAGAAAUACUGUUGGUCAAAGAAUUUGGGUUGAUAUCAACAAAAGCAUUGUUUUCAUUUUAGUCCUAAAUCACCCAAGUUUCUGCCAUAGAAAUGCUGUCUUAAUUGUAAUGACACCAGUAAAUUUACUUGCUAUUAAUUUUGUUUCACCCAGGGAGUCAACGGUACCUGAUUCUGCCUCUCCACUCUCAGAUCCCCAGAGAGGAGCAGAGGAGGGUAUUUGAGCCUGUGCCUGAAAACAUCACCAAGGUCAGUCAGUCAGGGUCCUACUGUUUUUCCUCUAUAGGUGUAUAAUGUUUCUUAUCUGUUAUCAUUAUUUUUGUUAUUUAUAUUUGAUCCUUUUCAGGUGAUCUUGUCAACAAACAUCGCAGAGACCAGUAUUACCAUCAAUGAUGUAGUAUAUGUCAUCGACUCUUGCAAGUAAGUGCUUCUCACUUGAUAUACUGUACUUUAUAUGAUCUGUUUGAGUUACAUUCAUUAUCAUUGCAUGGGAGUGUAGCUACUAAUGACCACCCAUUAUGGUGUGUUUUCUCUUAGGCAGAAAGUGAAACUUUUCACGUCUCACAACAACAUGACCAACUACGCCACGGUCUGGGGCUCCAAGACCAACCUGGAGCAGAGGAAGGGUCGGGCCGGCCGCGUCCGGGCUGGCUUCUGCUUUCAUCUGUGUAGCAGAGCACGCUUCGACAAGUAAGUCUCUGGGCCCCGUUGCAUAAAACAUCUUAAAGGUGCAAUAUGCAGAAAUCGCUCCGCCAUUUCCUUGUUGCUAAAAAUCAAAUGUUUAGUCUAAUUUAAGUUAAUGUGACAAAACAAGCAAUGUAUAGUCUAGAGAAUCAUUGUACCAUCUAAACCGCUGUGAAAUAUAUUUUCUAUAACCAAAAAUAUUGUAUUUUCAGCUGUUUGAAGCUGGUGUACAAAAGUAAAAGAUGCAAAAACAAACUUAAGAACGGGAAACAUAGAAAUAUUGCACAUAGAACAGAUGUACCGCUUCGUAGACUUGCUUUCAAUGAGAAUGACAGAUCUAUAACUCACAUUUCUAUGAGUUUGGUUGGGUUGCCCAAAAAGUUACAUAUUGCAGUUUUAAGUGUUUCCCUUAAGGAUUUCCCUUAAGGAAAAAUGUUUCCUUACCUACAGGAAUUGUUUAAGGUUGUUGCAUAGAGCCCCUCAAACAUUUUCCGUAGGUAAGGGUAUACUUAAGAGGUUUUACUAUAGUUUGAAGGCAUGUAUGGCAGAAAGAGUAUCUGGUUACCAUGGAGAUGGCCUGAUUCACUGACUGAACAUGGAGUAGGUAGCUAGCUAGCUUUGUAGCUAUGGAUUGUGCACCUUCGAUUGUUUAGCAAAGUAGCUAGCUAUAUAUCUAGCUAGCUGGUUGAUGUUUUCCUUUUGCAACCAGGGCAGAGAAAAGCAACAUUAACCUCCACAAAUGCUGUUUAUGUUGAUAUCCAUACUGAAUGAAGCACUUAAGGGACCUCACGGGCACCAUUAAAGUUGGAAUCCUUAGUUGCUACAUACAUUUUCUGACAUAAAAAUGAUAUACACCCAUUGAUUUAAAAACAGAAUAUAACUUAUAAAUGCCUCAUGAGUUUAGUUCAACUGUCGUGCCCUAUCAGAACCCAAAAUACAACUUGUUUUACUCCAAUGUUUGUAAACAAUGUAAAUGUUAACAAAAGGGUGACCACAUUUAAAAUGCCCAAAUGCGGGGCAACAGGAUGAUUGCCAUGUUCUUCACGUUUUACCAGUGAAACAUCCAAACUGCAUCUGCAUGCUUAUCAUUUGAUCUCAAUACAUUUCAUGGGAAUAUGCAUUUAGAUCUUUUUCAAUUACUUUUCCUGUGAAUUUGAGCAGACGGUGUUAACAAACUAUAUAGCUGUCCUGUAUUUUGUUUAAAUCCAAGUAAAUUCAGCCUAUUGGCGCACGCUGUUGAGUUUGAGCACAUUAUCAUUUUUGGGGGACUACUCUGCUAACCAUCCUAAAAUCUCAUAAGAAAUUACUAAGGUGGUGUUUUUGGUGUAUCAGUUACAUAAUACUAUGCUAUUGUAUUUGGUUCUGUUAUGUAGAAUACUAAUGAAUCAUUAUGUGAUCUUCCAAGAUAUUGAUUAAGCGUUGCUCUAACUUUACUAAACGAGCACCAUUGUGAGAAGUGGCGCUCCGGUGAGCUCCAGCAGCACUACAGACCUACUCCUGCUGCACCGAAGGAGCUAAUUGAAGUGCACGUAGCCUACUCUUUUGCCUCGGCCAAAAUUUGGUGAUGCAGAAACGAGAGACCACAUGUCUGUUUUAUGAGAAUCUGGGAAUAUUUUACCAUGGACACAUUUCUGGUUGGUCUCAGCCAGUAGCAGCAAAUAUGUUGAAUGAGCAACUAGUGAGCAUUGUGAGCCUCACAAGUUUGACGAAAUUACCUUAUAUAUUUUAUUCUAAUACGGCUAUUUACUUACCUUUGUAGCUCUUUGUCAGAAGCACGCUUUUUGUAAGUAGUUAUAGGCAACUGUCCUCCAAGUUUAGCUGAAAUUUAGCCCGACGGGAUUGGAGAAAUGUAAUUGGUUGAUGAUAGGCUUAUGACAUUUGCCUAGUAUGUUGCGUCUUGCGUUGUACAUAAUAUCAGAUCUAAGCAACGAUUGGAGAAGUGUUUAACAUCACCAGUACCACAUUCUUAUGAUGUAUAUCUUUACAUAAGCGCAAGGGGACUGCAAGAGACAGCUUGGAAUGUCUGUCUGAAAUACGGGACAAAUGUACCUUUUUUUUCUAAAUUACUGGUGUUUUGAAUUUGUUUAUAAAAUGCGGGACAUAAUUGUUUGGUUGCGGGUCCAAGGGCCAAAAUGCAGGACUGUCCCACACAAUCCGGGUCAUGUGGCCACCCUAACUGUAUAGCCUCAAAACAUGGGUAAAACUAUAAUGUUCACAUCAUGUAUGGUCAGUCCAUGCAUCCAUAGCUCUGUCCAUGAAUUUGAGUGUGGUUACAUUUCUCCAGGCCCAUCCCUCAGCUUUUUACCAAAACACAGGCGGGGUGGGGUGAUGGUUUGCUUCAAUUAAAGAUUCUAGCUUUAAUUUGUCACUUAAUUUAAGGGGGAUAUUCACCUUAAAAUGUUUUAUGCAACCUUCAUUGGAGUUGAAGAGAUGCCAUACUGCUGUGCCCGUAUUCAAAAAGCCUCUCACAUUAUGAGUGCUGAUCUCGGAUCAGGUCCCCCCUGUCCGUGUAAAUGUAUUCAUUAUUAUACAAAAGGCAAAACUGUUCCUAGAUCAACACUACUACUCUGAGAUGCUAUAUGAAUAUGGACCCUGUUUUUUCACUCUUAUGUGAAAAACUGAGUUUGAUUUGAAUUAGGGAAGUGAUGAAUGUGUGCUUUUGUGCCUACCCUUUUCUUCAUCCCAGACUGGAGACCCAUAUGACCCCUGAGAUAUUCCGUACUCCUCUCCACGAGGUAGCCCUGAGCAUCAAGCUGCUGAGACUAGGAGCCAUUGGCCAUUUCCUUUCCAAGGCCAUCGAGCCCCCUCCCCUGGACGCGGUUAUAGAGGCUGAACACACACUGAGAGGUUAGUCGUUUUUAGCUUUGACCUUAACAGAUUUGUUUUGUCCUCUAGUGUUCUAGAAGUGUCCCCCAUUGUUGUAAACAUUACCAACCACCUUCAAUAGUGUUGGCAUUUACGAUUCCUUGAUAUAUUUCACUAGAACUGGACGCUUUGGACACAAACGACGAGUUGACUCCGCUCGGUCGGAUCCUUGCAAAGCUUCCAAUCGAGCCGCGGCUGGGGAAGAUGAUGAUUAUGGGCUGCAUAUUCAAGUGAGUGCUGCAUCAGAAAUAAUGCAUGCAUUUAGUAAAAUCCUUUCCUAAGUUACUAUCCUUCCUUAAGAUACUGUUCCAUAUUGACAAAUAUCGCUACACUGUUUUAUAUUUCCAACGAGAAAUCAUUUAAGUAGUCUCUGCUCUGCUUUCUAGUGUUGGAGAUGCGGUGUGCACCAUCUCAGCAGCCUCUUGCUUCCCAGAGCCCUUUAUCAAUGAUGGCAAGCGCUUGGGCUACGUUCACCGAAACUUUGCUGGCACCCGCUUCUCAGACCACGUGGCACUGCUGUCAGUCUUCCAGGCUUGGGACGAUGUGAGGUGAGUCCAGGCUUCAUAGAAACAUGCAACAACAACCAAUCCCCUCUCAUGGAUUAGAAUUAAACAGAUGCAACUGAUAAUUGUGUCUGAUACGAUUGCAAACUGAACACCGUAAUGCCAUUCAUUGCAGUAGGAAGAGAUGUCAGCUGAAUGACCCAUUUUUGUUUUGGAAUACACUCCUAUUCCCUCUCACUACCUGGCAAAUGAAGGUUAUGACGGCUUGUUAACUUGUCUUUUUAUUGUAGAAUGGGAGGUGAGGAUGCAGAGUCCAGAUUCUGUGAACACAAGAGGCUCAACAUGUCCACACUGAGGAUGACCUGGGAGGCCAAAGUGCAGCUGAAGGAGAUCCUCAUCAACUCUGGCUUCCCUGAGGGUAAACUAUGUCUGCGUCUCAAAUGACUCCCUAUAGUGCACUACCUGGUCAAAAGUAGUGCACUUUAUUGGGAAUAGGGCAGUGGUGUAAAGUACUUAAGUAAAAAUACUUUAAAGUACUACUUAAGUAGUUUUUUUUUAGGGUAUCUGUACUUUACUAUUUAUAUUUUUGACUACUUUUACUUUUACUCCACUACAUUCCUAAAGAAAAUAAUGUACUUUUUACUCCAUACAGUUCCCUGACACCCAAAAGUACAUUUUGAAUCCUUAGCAGGACAGGAAAAUGGUCCAAUUCAUGCACUUAAGAGAAUAUCUCUGGACAUCCCUACUACCUCUGAUCUGGGGGACUCACUAAACACAUGAUUUGUUUGUAAAUUAUGUCUGUGUUGGUGUGCCAUAAAUAAUAAAACAAAUUAAAUUGUGCAGACUUGUUUGCUUAAUAUAAGGAAUUUGAAAUUAUUUAGACAGUACUUCCACUUUUGGUUCUUAAGUAUAUUUUAGCAAUUACAUUUACUUUUGAUACUGACUGUAAGUCGCUUUGGAUAAAAGCGUCUGCUAAAUGGCAUAUUAUUAUAUUAUUAUUAUUAUACUUAAGUAUAUUUAAAACCAAAUACUUUUAGACUUUUACUCAAGUAGUAUUUUGCUGGGUGACUUUCACUUUUACUUGAGUCAUUUUCUAUGAAGGUAUCUUUCAUUUAACUCAAGUAUGACAAUUGGGUACUUUUUCCACCACUGGAAUAGGGUGCCACUCGGGAUGCACUCCAUGUGAACAACCCAGUAGUAUUGCAGUGUUUGCAUAAUAUACAAUCACAUCUGAAAUUGUAAAAAAAAAUGUUUGUCUUUUCAUUAGAGUGCUUGAUGACACAGAUGUUCAACAACGUUGGACCCGACAACAACCUUGACGUGGUCAUCUCUCUCCUGACAUACGGCUCCUAUCCCAACGUGUGCUACCACAAGGAGAAGAGGAAGAUUCUCACCACUGAGGGGCGCAAUGCCCUCAUCCAUAAAUGCUCCGUCAACUGCCCCUUCAGCAGCCAGGACAUGACCUACCCAUCACCGUUCUUCGUCUUUAGCGAAAAGGUACGAUUUCAAAUUAGAAGAAGUCAAUGUCUACAUAAUAUUAAUAUACUGGUGUAUCAUAGGUUGUAUACCAUUUUCUUUUUUGUGUGAGCUAAAAUGUGUAUAUGUUCAGAUAUAAAAAAAAUCAUCAUCAUUAAUAAUUGUAAAUUGGUGUACAAGUUUCAAGCAGCCAAUUAUUGUAUAAUUUUUUAUUUCCACCAGAUCCGGACUCGAGCUAUCUCAGCCAAAGGAAUGACACUAGUCAGCCCACUCCAGCUGAUCUUGUUUGCAUCCAAGAAAAUCACAUCAAACGGGGAAAUCAUUGAACUGGAUGAUUGGUGAGUGCAGCUACUAUUUUUUUCCUGCAUGUGUACCUACAGUACUAAAAAGGGUUUUAGAUUGAGCAUGAAAUUCGUGAGAUCAAGCCGAUAAAACCACCAUUUGUAUUCACAGGAUCAAACUGAAGAUACCGCAUAAUGUGGCUGCCUGCAUAGCUGCUUUGAGGGCUGGAAUGGAGGCACUUGUUGUGGAAGUCACCAAAGACCCUGAGUACAUCAAACAGCUGGACCCCACAAACGAGCGCAUGCUCAACAUCAUCCGCCAAAUCUCCAAGCCUUCCGCAGCCGGGCUUAACCUCAUGGUCAACAAUCAACGGUAAGAUAAACACGUGAUUAGACAUCUCAGCUCUGGGGGGAUGGGAACAUUUAGGGUGCAUUCCAAAUGGCACCCUAUUCCCAACAUAGUGCACUGCUUUUGACCAGAGCCCUAUCAACCUUAGUCCACUAAACAUCAAUAAACAUGACAAACCGUACAUACUUGUAGUAGUGAAGCCAUGUAGUGGCAAUAAUGAAUUAGCUUAUUCUGUGUAGAUUGUCAACAUUUGUGCACAGUAAUCUACUCCACUGAGUAAUAGGACAGCAUUGGAAAUGUAUUUUCAUUUUUUAUUCCAUGUCUGAAAUGUGUUUUGAAUACAGAAUACAGCUGGUUUACAUGUCUUGUCUUUAUCAGUUUUGGAGAUGGUCCACGUCCUCCCAAGAUGGGCAGGUUUGAUGGAGGUGGAGGAGGGUACCAGGGCGGAGGAGGCUCCGGAUACAGGGGAGGAGGAGGUUACAGAGGCGGUGGAGGAUACCAGGGCGGCGGCGGAUACAGGGGUGGUGGUGGAGGUUACCGAGGUGGUGGUGGUGGAGGUUACCGAGGUGGUGGUGGUGGUGGUGGUGGUGGAGGUUACCGAGGUGGUGGUGGAGGAUACCGUGGUGGUGGUGGUUAUGGAGGUGGGAACAGGGGUGGUGGAUACAGAGGGGGUCAGGGAUAUUAGGGCAUUUUGA